AUUCCUUUACGUAUGUUUAAAAUGGAUGCCGCUGAUUUCUGGCAGCAAGCGCGCGCGCCCUUCUCCCUGCACCAUCAGCAGCAACAGCAACAGCGACAGCAGCAUCAACAGCAACAGCAACAGCAACAGCAACAGCAACAGCAGCAACAACAGCAGCAGCAACAACAGCAGCAGCACCAUCAUCAACAUACGCACCCGCACCCGCAUCCACAUCCGCAUCCACAUCCGCAUUCGCACCCCAUAGCCGCUCAGCAGUCGUCGACCGCCAACAAUAACCACCUGCCAUUGCAUAGCAAACUGGAGCAGCAGCAGCAACAGCCGCAGUCGCAGCUCUCGCCCUCACAACAACAGCAGCAUGUCGAUCAGUGCUAUAGCCAAGAGGCGUUUGCUGUGCAGCAGUCGCUGGCAGCAGCGCCAGCAGCGGCGUCGGCGCACCUGAGCAAUCAUCACUUGCUGUUUAAUGCAGCCGCAGCAGCAGCCGCUGCUGCGCACCUGAAGACAACGGCAUUGAAUAAUAGCUCAGGCAUUAAUUCCGUUUCCGGUUCCGUUUCUGGCUCCGGCUCCGGCUCCGUUUCCGCAACCGAUCAGCUGGACAAUCCCAGCAAUUGCAACAGUAUCGGGAGCAGUCUUCUGCCCGUAAAAACCAAGCAGGAGCAUCAACCGCAAUCCCAGCAGCAGCAAAAGCAUUCCGACGAUCCGCAUCCACGGCAACCGGAGCAGGCAUAUGCCACGAGCUUUUUUGCCGCCUCCAGUGAGCAGCAUCCGCAACAGCCUCAGACGCAGCCGCAGGCACAGACGCAGCCACAAUCACAGUCGCAGUCACAGUCGCAGCAUCCACAUCAGCAUUCGCAGCAACCGCCGCAUCAAUCACACAGUCCGCUGAUCUCCAAGCCCAUCUCACAAGGUCAACAAUCGCCGCAGCAUUCGAUAACGCCAUCUGCCGGCAGCUCGACGCCCGAUAUUAAGUACAAUAACGAAAAACUAGCCAAUGAGAUUCAGCUUCAGCUUUCGAGAUCGAGCAGCGCUGCCGCAAUCAGUGAACGAACCCUUGAAGAAUGUUGGUCGACCCUGCAACGACUUUUCAUGCACAAGAGCGCCAUGCAGCAAAUCCAACAGCAGAUACCACGAGUCGGACUGGGUGCCCAUGGCGUGGCCAGUACUGCCAGCAUUGGGGGCAGCACGACACCCGGUGGAUCGGAGACAAAGCCCCAUCAGUGCCACCAGUGCAUGAAGAGCUUCUCCAGCAACCACCAACUGGUACAGCAUAUACGCGUCCACACCGGAGAGAAGCCCUACAAAUGCUCCUACUGUGAUCGUAGAUUUAAGCAGCUAUCCCAUGUCCAACAGCAUACGCGACUCCAUACCGGAGAGAGACCGUACAAAUGCCACCUGCCGGACUGCGGUCGAGCAUUCAUCCAGCUAUCCAAUCUGCAACAGCAUUUGCGUAACCAUGACGCGCAAGUAGAGCGGGCCAAGAAUCGUCCAUUCCAUUGUAAUAUUUGUGGCAAGGGAUUCGCCACAGAGUCCAGCCUGCGCACCCACACGUCGAAGGAGCUACAGCUGCAUCUUGGUGUCUUGCAGCAGCAUGCGGCACUCAUUGGGGGACCCAAUGCCACUUCAUGCCCUGUAUGCCACAAGCUCUUUUUGGGCACCGAGGCGCUUAUGGAUCACAUGAAGCAUGUCCACAAAGAGAAGUCCUCGCCUCCAACCGAACCACCGGCUCAAUUCGGAGAUGGUAUCCACGGAAGCGGCUCACUUGCGGCGCAAUGCGCGUCCGAGUUGAGCUGCGCUCAACCAUCGACCACCAGUGGAUCAAGUUUGAAUGACAGCUACCUCGGCAAGCGGAGAACCGCCAACCAUCCCUGUCCCGUCUGCGGCAAGCACUAUGUCAACGAGGGUUCCUUGCGCAAGCAUCUCGCCUGCCACGCGGAGACCUCCCAGCUGACCAGCAGCCUGCGCAUGUGGCCCUGCUCUGUUUGUCAGGCAGUAUUCACCCACGAAAACGGUCUGCUCACCCACAUGGACCAUAUGCGUAUGGAUCCAAAGCAUCAGUUUGCUGCACAAUACGUUCUGUCUCGAGCGGCAGCCGAGCAGAGGGAACGAGAGUCCCUGUUGGCAGCCACUUUAGCUGCCUCCUCGACCAGUAGCGGAGUCCGAGACCCGGCUGGACACCUGUUGCCGUUGGGCGUGGGCGUGGGCGUGGGCGUGGGUGUAGGUGCGGGAGUGGGCGCUACACCUGGAGGAGGAUCCAACUCGUUGUGCCCCUCGCCAUCCGCGAACUCGGAAUGUUCAUCGAAUGGACGACUCUCUUCGUCAUCCACAUCGGAUCAGGAUCAGGACCAGGACCAGGACCAGGACCAGGACCAGGACCAGGACCACGACCAGGACCAGGGCUUGAGCGAAAACGAGAACAGCAGUCACAACAAUAACAUUAUAAGCGUUAACAACAACAACAAUAAUAGCAUUAACAAUAACAACAACAACUGCAGCUCAAACAAACUCAACUUGAACGAGCUGCGUCUGCCCAGUUCCAGCCAGUACAGCAUGGACGCCGAGCUGCACGCGAAUCGCAUGUCCCUGAUGGCGGCAGCAUCAGCUGCCGCUGCAGCUGUCGCAGCAUCCGCAGGCUCCCGGUCGCAGGACGGAGCCAUAGACGGCGUCACUGCCGGCGCAGGCAGCGCCGUAGUCCAGGCGGCAGUCGUCAACCUGGCCGCCGCCAUGCGCAUGAACAAUCCCGUAAACCAUCAGCCACAGCCAAGCGAGCACCAGGUACUGCAGCAGCAGAGCCAGCAACACCAUCAGCAGCAGCUGCCUCUCUUGCCACUGCUUUCGCCGCUUGGCAGCCAGCAGAGCCAUGCGGGGGGCAACAAUGGCACGCGACGAUCGCCGACUAUAAACGUUCCUAGUUUGCAAAUGCAGAGCGACACAUCGGCUUCGGUGAUGAUAAACAUGAUGCGGGGCUCGCUGGACUCCAGCUUGGGCGGCAUGCAUCAAAUGGAGGCGCUGCAUCAUCAGCAUCAUCAGGCGUCCAAUUAUUCGCAGCACGCUGUGACGCCCAGCUCGCAGCAGGCGUCGUCGCAUCCCCAGCAUCCACAUAGCCAUCAUCCGGAAACGGCUUUGCGCAUGCAUCAGCAGGCGGAGGCGAUAUUGCGCUCCCACACAGAGGCUGCGUUUCGUCUGGCUGCUUCGGUGGCCGCCACGAGCGUGACGCCUUCCAACACUGGCGCUAUCAAAAGCGAAUCAACAGUGGGAAGUUCAGCCGCCGCUCAGCAGCAGCAGCAGCAGCAGCAGCAGCAGCAGCAGCCGCAGCAACAGAGGCAGAUCAAUGGCAAUGAUAUGCACGCAUCGCCGCAUAGUUUCCCAACAAGCGCGAACCAAGCAUCCCACAGCACCCACCCGCAGUCGCAACAGGAACAACACAAUUCAUGAAGUCUAUGAGACUUGAUGCUUGCCACGAAUCAGCAGCAACCAUAGCAGCGAUAGAUUGCCGUACCGAGAACCUA